CCGAGGCGGACUGGAAUGUGGAGACUCUGGGUUCGAUACUUCCCGGUGCGGGAGGUGGGUCCUACCAUGGUGGGCGAUGAGUACUCGGAUCCCGAGCUGAUGCAGCAUCUGGGGGCCUCCAAGAGAAGCGUGCUGGGAAAUAAUUUCUAUGAGUACUACGUCAACGAUCCGCCACGCAUUGUCCUGGACAAGCUGGAGCGCAGGGGCUUCCGUGUGCUGAGCAUGACAGGGGUGGGCCAGACACUGGUGUGGUGCCUGCACAAGGAGUGACCCACUGCCAUGGACCUGGUCCCUCGAGUCCUGUUCCACUGGCUGUCCUGUUCUCUCUUCCCAAAUUGUCACCCCCUUGGCCCAGCACAGAGUGGCAGUGAGUGGUCCCCAGAAGUCCUGCUCCAGGGUGUAGAGGAGGGCAGGUCCUUGCCACUGCUCCCAGCUGCCCCCUGGCUGCAGGCCUGGCCCCAGGACAAGGGUACCCCCGCCAGAUUCCGCAUCUGGGGAGGACAACCUCACGAUCAGUCAGGCGGGGCCUGCAGAGCCAGUCUAAGCCAAUAAAAGGCUCUGAUUCAUGGUC